CUUGACAGAUUUACAGAAAAUUGGCGUUGGAUUGACCACCUUUGGUGGAUUAUUCAGUCUUCUCGGUGUGAUGUUGUUCUUUGACGCGAGUUUGCUGGCCUUAGGGAAUGUACUAUUCCUCUCUGGUUUGACCCUAAUCAUCGGUAUACAAAAGACAGUCGUUUUCUUCACGAGACCGUACAAGCUGAGGGGUACACUCUGCUUCAUUGGCGGUAUCCUCCUAGUCUUCCUCAAGCGUACGUUUAUCGGUUUCAUACUCGAGUCAAUUGGAUUUCUCAACUUGUUUGGUUCAUUCUUCCCCGUUAUUCUAAACUUCUUACGUCAAAUACCAUUCAUUGGCGGUUUCUUAAACCUCCCAUAUAUCAGUACAAUUGCUAACAAACUCGCGGGUUCGCGACAAUCGCCUGUCUAACCACGACAGCCACAAUGUCGAAACACCACCCAGAUUUAAUCAUGUGCAGAAGACAGCCUGGUAUUUCUAUCGGCAGGCUAUGCGACAAAUGCGAUGGUAAAUGCCCUGUAUGCGAUUCAUACGUCAGGCCACAGACUAUCGUGAAGAUAUGCGAUGAAUGUGCAUUUGGUACAUUUGGUGGUAAAUGCGUUAUAUGUGGUGGUCCAGGUAUAUCAGAUGCGUACUAUUGUGCAGAGUGCACAAUCCUAGAAAAGGACAGGGAUGGUUGUGUCAAGAUUGUUAACCUCGGUAGUUCGAAACUAGAUCUGGCGUAUCAGAAACGACAGGCUGGGCAAAGGUCAAAUUUCAAUCUAGGCUAGUUAUUUUCUUGUAUUUAUCCAUUUAAUCCGUCUUCUU